GCCGUCUUAUUUAUCAGGCGCACGUGCGGAACCGAAUUCUGUCGCAACCUUCCAGUCUAAGUUAUCGUCAAGUUUCAAGUCAUCAUGGGCAAGAACCUGAAUCCAGCCGAUGCAUAUCGUAAAUCUCUUCGAAAAAAAGAGCUCAAAAAGAACAAGGCAGAACGUUCAAAAGCGCGAGACUUUGCACUCGUAAAGAAGGAUACCAGAGAUCUCGAGGAGGAAAUUGAAAAGCUCGAGGGUCUCCCGCAGCCUUCUGCUGCCGACAAGUCUCGACUCUCCGCCAUCAAAGCAGAAUUGGAAAAGAUCAAUGCGAAGAAGGAGGAAUAUGUCAAGGAACACCCUGAACAACGUCGUUUAGUCUAUCGGCCCCGUAGAGAUAGAGAUGACGGAAAGCCUGUCGAGGAACUCAUUCUCCCCAAGAAGAGAAAUUACUUUGACAAAAACGGACUUCCUCGUCAUCCAGAGCGCUCCAUUUACUAUGACAAAAUAAUGAAUCCUUAUGGCGUUGCUCCGCCUGGAAUGCCAUACAUGGAACGUCCUCUCCUUCCCGGUGAGGUUGACUCUGAAGCAGAAGAUGAUGAAGACCCGGACGAUGAUAUUAUCAUGCCAUCAGGACCUCCCCCUGGAAUAGAUGAACCCGUAGACAGCGAUGAUGAUAUCCCAAUGCCAGAAGACCCAUUUGGAGCUGAAGGCGAUGCCGAUAUCCCUUCCGCCAGUACCUCACAACAUCCACUUCCUCCAGGGCCUCCUCCCUCAACAUCAACCACCGGAGUCAAUCCACCUCUACCACCUGGACUCCCUCCACUACCUGCAGGAAUGCCUUUUCCACCACCCCCGCCGCUCUUUCACACUGGAGGCUUGCCUCCACUUCCACUUGCCGGCUUUCCACCUGGAAUCGUACCACCUCCGCCACAUGCCGGUUUUCCGGCCGGAAACUUACCUCCCCCUCCCCCUAUGGGCUUUCCUAGUUUUCCUAGUUUUCCUCCUAAUCUACCGCCUCCACCUCCACCCCCAAUGUCUCAACCUCCGCCUGGGUUUUUUCCUCGUCGCGAAAAAUCUACUUCGGCAAUGCAGGAUCCACUAUCCUCCAUCCCUCAUCAAACAUACCAGGCCCAUCGCGCCAAUCACUUAGCAGGACAUCCUUCCCUCCCUGCAAAACCUGGCUCAGUUGGACCUCCACGGGCUUCAACACAAAUAUCGUCUACCGCCUUGACUGCCGCCGCGACGAUUUCUGCUGAACCUCAAUUGCGCGAUUUGAAGAAGGAAGCAACAGCUUUUGUACCGAGUGCAUUAAAACGGAAACGAGGAGGUGCUUCAUCGGCUUCGACGUCCAAAGUAAAUGCCGCUCCUGGCGUUGGAAACGACGACGAUAAUACAGAUUCAUCCAAUGCACUUGCGCCUGUGCGUCCCGACCUUUUGAGUACUCUCAGAAAUCAAUUUGGCCCGGCUCUUGCUGUUGCUAAUUCUGAAGAACCAAGGAAGAAGCCUAAGGUGGAACCUGUCAAGAAAAAUGAUGAUUAUGAACGAUUUGUGGAAGAAAUUGGUGAUAUAUUAAACCCUUCGUAGUUAUAUGGAGACGGAGGGCUACGGAGGGAGAGGGAGCUACCACAUCGACUAUGCGCAUGUAUAUAAUGAUUAAUUAUAUGCAGUACAUACGAUAUAGUUAAGAGCUGGUGGGAACUGGGGCAGAACUGGGGUAAAUACGGAAGUUCGGAAAUUUACGGUCCCCGGCUUCCUUCCCAUGAACAGUCAAACAGUGCUACUCCAUCCUCGUCCUUAUGCUCGUCAUUCUGGAUCUCUGAUCCUCUUACCUCUUCUACAACCGAGGCAUAUCAGCGCGGCUCUUCCUACUGAAAUAUGGACCCAGAU